AUGGCGUGGGCAGAACCUAGGAACACGGGGAUGAGGUAUCGCAGACUGGGAAACUCGGGUCUCCAUGUCUCCGUCCUCGGUCUGGGAGGAUGGCUCACUUUCGGUGGACAUGUCGAUAAUGAAAAGACAAUUGCGUGUAUGAAGCAGGCUUAUGACUGUGGCAUCAAUUUCUUCGACACCGCCGAGAGUUACGCGGAUGGUCAAUCCGAAAUCGCCAUGGGACAGGCCAUCGAGCAGCUGGGAUGGAAGCGCAAUGAUAUUGUCAUCAGCACCAAACUUAACUGGGGUGGCGCUAACGGCGAAGUCUUAAUCAAUAACCAUGGACUCUCCCGCAAACACAUCGUGGAAGGUCUGCGGUCAUCGUUGAAACGUCUCAAUCUCGAGUACGUGGAUAUUGUCUACGCUCAUCGACCGGACCGAUUGACCCCCAUGGAGGAGACGGUGCGCGCUUUCAAUCAUGUCAUUGAGCGUGGAUGGGCAUUCUACUGGGGUACCUCCGAGUGGUCGGCGGACGAAAUUGCCGAAGCCUGCGGUAUUGCCCGCGAGCUGCGUCUGAUACCCCCCGUUGUGGAGCAGCCUCAAUAUAAUCUGUUGGCCCGUGAGCGCGUCGAGGGCGAGUAUCAGCGUCUUUACAGCCGCUUCGGUCUCGGCUUGACGGUCUUCAGCCCCAUCAAGAUGGGUCUUCUCAGUGGAAAGUAUAAUGAUUCACCGGACCAACCUCCUGCCGGAUCCCGAUUCGCAGUGAGCAACGACAAGUUCAGCAACAUGGUGCGCGAGUCGAUGUAUGGCAAUGAUGAGUGGAAGCAGUCCAUCGCCAAGGUCAUUAAGCUCAAGCCCAUUGCCGAGCAACUCGGUGUCACACAGUCCCAGCUGGCCUUGGCCUGGUGUCUCAAGAACGAGCAUGUGUCUUCAGUCAUUACCGGUGCUUCCAACCCCCAACAGAUCGUCGAGAAUGUCCAGGCUCUGAAGGCUCUUGACAAGAUGACCCCCGAAGUGAUGGAGAGCAUUGAUGAUGUUGUCGGCAAGAUUGAUCUUGCUCCUGCCAGACAAGACUGA